CUCUUGAUCCACAAUACAAACUUCCUACAAGACAAACAGUUUCAAAUCAUAUUUGGCAAUUAUAUAAGCAAGAACAAGAACAACUACGCAAUUAUUUUGAAAAUCUUAAUUGCAAGAUUUCAAUAACAACUGACAUUUGGUCCUCAUGUAUUUUCUUAGCAGAAACUAUUUUCAAAAUAAUUGAAAACUUUGAUUUAGGAAAAAAAAUUAUAUCAGUAACUGCUGAUAAUGCUAGUAACAUGGAUACUUGUGGACAACUUCUUUCUAACAUAUUAGAAUUACAUCAUGGAAGUACUAUUUUUUGUAAAUUACGAUGUGCAGCUCAUAUACUCAACCUUGCUGUUACAGAUAGUCUUUCAGUAAUUAAGGAAUCAACUAAAAAGACACGAGAAUUUGCAAGUUAUAUUCGCCGUUCUUAA